AGUUGCUCUACAUACUUCAGGUUGCCGAUCCAAUGUUAUCGGUGGAAAAAUUACUCAAAGUCGGUAAACUGAUUAUCUGUGUGCACCAUUGUAGUGCCCAAUGCUAGUUUGAAGACCCAACAUUCGUAUAAAUCAAAGGACAUUAUCAAAAACUCGCUAUGGCGCGGCUGGUAGCUGUUUGCAAAACGGAUGACUAUCAGUUCCUUCGUCGACAACUUCCCAUUACUGUGGAUGAUGACUUAAAGAUGGUGAUUCAGUUCAAUGACACGUGUGUGGACUGUGAGAGUGCCCGCGGCAUCAAACAGAAGGAAUUGGAGCUGUUUGUCCAGCGGUUCAGUGCCCUGUCUAAAGACGAGAUUGCUGUCGAGAUGAUGGUGUCUAGCAAAAAUAUCAUGAAUUUGCUAACUCAUCUUGUGCCUUGUGUUGGUUGUAGACGGAGUGUGGAAAGAAUGUUUCAUCAGUUGGUAGACUCGCAGCAUCCUGCCCUAGAACCUCUGAUCGUUACACAGCGGGCUGAGCUGUCCAUUAAUCGUGAUAACCUGUUUGAUCCCCGUGCUUUGUAUGCAUUAUUUAACAUACAUAGAGCAAAACUAAGUUCCAUCAUGGAGUCAAUUCCAAAAAGCAAGAAGAACAAGCGUUGCAACUUACAUUCUUUAGACACACACAAGCCUCGUACAACAGGGAGUUGGAUAGAAAUCUGGGACUUGUUAGCCCAGGAGUGUCGAGAGGAGGUAGUUUUAAUUGAUGCAGACAGCCUAUCGGAUACCCUCGAAGCUUACCUCAGAAAACACAGGUUUUGUUCUGAAUGCAAGUCCAAAGUCCAACGUGCAUAUAAUAUCCUGGUGGAGGAUAUAGACUGUACAAAGGAGGUGGGCUACUGUGCUGCACUGUAUGAGGGUCUCCGCUGUUGUCCACAUGAAAGGCAUAUCCAUAUGUUGUGUGAUACUGACUUUAUAGCCCACCUCAUCGGCAGGGCGGAGCCAGAACUAGCAGGAGGGAGCAGAAGAGACCGCCAUGCCAAAACUUUGGACAUUGCACAGGAAGAAGUGCUGACAUGUUUGGGAAUCCAUGUUUAUGAUCGUCUUCAUCGUAUUUGGCAAAAGUUGAAGGCGGAGGAACAAACAUGGCAGAUCCUGUUCUACCUCGGAGUUGAUGCCUUGAAGAAAAGCUUUGAGAUGGCAUUAGAAAGAAAACAAGGAAUUUCCAAUCUGGAACUUAUGUGUGAGGAGAUUUUGGAGGAAGAGAGGGCCAAAGAACAAAAACGGGAGCAAAAACGACAGAAGAGGAAAAAGAAGAAGGCCAAGUCAAACCAACUAGUCUUGGAGAAAGAGAACUGUGCAGAGGAUCCAGAGGAGGAAACUCAUUGUGAGUGUGACAAAGCAGCUACUCUGAAGCCACGGACAACAGGUCAUGGACCUUGUGCAGAGAAGUGUAGCAUCUUUGUUGACCAGAACUCCAACACAACAUUAACAUCAAGAGAAAGCUGCCGUGGUGGUCAGAACUUAGAUCGACCGUUACGAAGCGAGAGUCAGAACAGUGAUUUUGGGUACUCUUCUGAUGUGGAGGGAUGCGAGAACUGUAGUGCUCCCAGCUCUAGCAGCUCAGAUAUCCUUUGUUCUGAUGGUGUCUGUAGCAGUCAAGAUGGUGGUGAUAGUGUGUGUAGUUCCUCCACUGAUGGGUUAGAUACGUGUAGCAACUGUUUGUCUCAGGUCUCCCCCAACAAGCAAAACAGUCACCGAAGUAAACACAAAUGUGAUAUUCUCCAGACAUCCGAAAGUUGUAGCAGUGCCAACUCCAGUCCUCUCCAACAAAACAUGACACUGAGUCUCCUUGAUAUGUUAGAGGCGCCUUGUUCUUCAGACGAUGAUGAUUUUAUAACGGAGGAAGAAAUAAAGCACUUUAAAGCCAAUAAGAAGAAAAUAUUAGAAAAACGGCAAGAACUGCGAGAAGACUUACGGAAGAAAUUCAACAAUAAGUUUCAGCAGCAGGGUGGAGAUGGUCAACAGUCUUGGAAAGAGAACCUUGACAAUAUGGUUCAGAAAAUGUGUAAAAUGUGACGAGGAAUCUGGACAAUGGACAUGUUCUUUAUUAAACAAGUGUAUUUAUGAAGGACUGGGGAUGGUAUCAGAAGAAAUUUUAUUUAUCUGUGCGAUUCUGUCAGGAAUAGAAUAGUAAUUUGAAGUUAAUUUCCACCAUUUCUCUAGACUAGGCUCCAGUGAUUCUGUUUGGGAUUGGGUUAAAUUUCUAGACUAGGUUCCAUUGAUUCUAUUUGGUAUUGGGUUAAAUUUCUAGGCUAGGUUCCAUUGAUUCUGUCAGGGACAGGGUUGAUUUUCUAGACUAAGCUCCAGUAAUUCUGUCAAAGACUGGGAUAAUUUUCUAGGCUAGGCUCCAGUGAUUCUGUCUGCGAUUGAAAUACUUUUCUAGUCUAGUCUCUAAUGAUUCUGUCGCGGAUUGGUGAUUCUGUCAAGAGAUUGGAAUAACCCUUUAUUUCUCUAAUUAAGGCUCUACACACUCCCAUUUAUAAUUAGUAUUUGUCUGUGUCUAUUUGGCUGAGACGAUUAGGCUGUAACUCUCGUUCUCCAGGGAUGUUGGUCACUUAUUAUAAGAAGAGCUCUUUUAGCAGAUUUUAAUAUUCUUGUCAUAUUCUGCCAAAGGGAAUUUUGAGGAACAUAUAUAACAGUCUCUACUAUUUUAACGCUAAUGCGAAGUUAGUAUUGUCUAUAUAUUUUAAAUUUAGAAAGGGCCAAGGGUGUUUAAAAAUUGAAAAAUAUUUAGAUUGAAUCAGCAGCAAAUACUUGCAUCAUUAUUUGUGAAUUAAAUUCAAUUCCAUUGAAGUAGGGAUAAAUAAAUUUAUUUUUCAAAAGUAGAACAGUGACAUUGAGGGUACAAGUAUAUAAUGAGUACAUUGCUCUCAAAUAUAGUCCCAGCUAACCUAUUCAUUUAACACUGAAUCAAAUUGGCUGAAGUGAAAUAAGUACACUUAGUUUGGAGCCUAGAAUGGAGAUUUUGGUGUUGAGAGCUCAAGUUUGUUGCAGACAGCUUUCUUGUGAUCCGGAUAUUUUGUUAAGAAGUUAAGAAUGUGAGGUGUAGACCACCAUGACAAGAAUCAUUCAAAAUUUCCAAAUUAACUUUCCAAUUAUAGCUGUUACAAAAAUACGUUAUACAUUAUGUAUGUCUUUAAAAAUGUCGAAGAGGAAACAAAUAUUAUGGUACAUUAUAAAUGUGUCCAAUAGAAAAUAUUUAAGGUUUGUAUCUGGAUGGCUCCAGGUACGAGAAGGCCUAUCAAAUAUGGUCUUUUUUUUCUUUUAUCUUAAGAAAAAAACACUACAUUCUGACUUGCCUUUAGAACAGUCUAAACAUAUAUGUCUUGAAAUUUAUAUGUCACUUUCAUUUUAGAAACUUUCUGUAAUGUAGGACAUGAUACAGCUGAAAGAUUUAGGCAUGUACGUGUCAUGUAGCUAUAUACUUGUAUUUAUGUCAAAAUUUCUUUGCUUUAUUUAAAAUUUUUAUUUGAAUUAUAUAUAUUUAUAGUCACAAGCAUGUUGAUCAUUUUGUUUAAAAUGAUGGUUGUUAAAUUAUUUUAGAAAUCUUCCACUGAAGUCAAUGUCAAUUAAAUCUCAUUGACCAAAUAUUUACAAAAUGAAUUUUAGUUUCUUAUGUAUAUGAGAUAAUUACGUUGGAAGUUGCUAUAUAAAAGUAGGUAAACGAUUAUACAUUCAUUUGUAUGAUGAAAUUUAUCUUGACAUUAAGGUAACUUUAUAUAGGAAAAUAAGGAGUGAAGUAAAAGAGUCAAAUACACAGGUUUUCUGGUUAAUAUGGACAUGGUAACUUUGGAUUAUUUCAUUUAUUUUGACCAAAAAUCAACACAAUGAAAUCUGAUGUACUAGCAUUAUGAGGCUCAUUUUCUGGGUUUAUCAGAGUCAUUACUGAUGUGAAGUGUUGGCAUGUUGACGGGUGGUUAAUUAAAGCGUCCUUGUAAUAAACACUUAUUGCAAAAGGUACCUACAUAUUUUUAUACGCGAGGUAAAUCUUGGGUUUAAAAAGUGCUAUGUUAAUGUAGAAAAAUCCUACUAGAUGGAGUUAUCUAAAAAAAAAAAUAAGUUAUAAUGAAUUGUGUACAUUCUUUAAAAAAGUUGGCUGAAGUUGCCAUCUACAAUAUGUGAUGUGUUAAGGUAUGGAAAUAUUGUCAGUGAAAAAUUGAAAUGUGUAGAUAAUUUCUUAUUCAAGCUUACACAGGAUUGAAAUGGAUAUCCCAUUAAUAACUUAUUACGAAGGGGGAUUGUACUUAAAUGUACUGUAUGUAUUGUAACUGACGUUAUGUCAGAUUAUCUCCCUUUGGGUGGUGACAUCCUGAUGGUAUUGUGGUUCCUAUAUUGCUGUAUGAAGCUUGCCCUGUUGCAGCUAUCCAAGUUUGCUGUAGAUUUAUACUGAUAAUCAUUAGGGUGUGUCUCAUUGCACCUUGAUAAGUAAUAUGUUACUUCGAAAUAUCGGUAUGAAAAACCAAUAAUAUUUCUAACUUUUGUCGUUUACAUCCAUUGGAGAAAGAUUCAAUCAUACAAGGAAUGUAUAUUUAGCUUACAUUUUUUUUCCUUUUUUUUAUUCUUUUUUUUUUUUAAUCUCUGGUUUUAAGAACUACUGUAACAUUUGGUGUAAUAAUCCUGCAUAAAGCUUGUUCAGAAUACGUGUAUGUAGUCAUUCUGGUUGAUUUCUCAUCAGCAGGUGAUUUUCUCUUUACCUGUAAAACAAUUUUUAAAAAAAGAAAAAAGAAAGAGUUUGCAUAUGGUUGAUGACAGACCUGUUGAUGCAAAGUAUGUUGGUUAUCGUUGUUGAAAACAAAAUCCAUAAAUUAUUUCAUUGUCUGGUCCAAGAAAUGUUUUGACUUUUUUUUUUCAAUGUUUCUGUCGACUUAACAUGCAUAUUGUUGCUGUCGUUUACUUGUUGGUAUCUUGUGAUUGUCCAUGCUACACAGGAACCUAUAUAUCACUACUCACUAUAGACCUCGACACGAUGUUCUAGUGCUGCAAACAGACCAUUAGCUGUCUCUGUGUGAUGUACAGAUAUUUAGUGUCUUGUGUCUGUGUGACCAAAAUGUUUUUGUUGAUUCUUGUUGAUUUGCCUUUUCAGGAGCUGUGGAAAUGGAGAGAUUGUUACGUGGUACAGUACACUGUGUACUUGAGUAUACUAGGAUGGUACAAUCCACCGUCACCCGGUGGCGGGAUUACUAUUUAUAACUACUACUGUAUUUUAGACAUGCGAAAGUGUCUUUGUGACUUUUGUAACAAAUAAUGAAAUGGAAUUUUGGCAGGUGGAGUGGUGUUAGAAUGGUCUGCCAAAUAAAUUCUGCUAUAUUUUAUUG